GGGCCGGAGCGGCUGAGGUGAGUGCGGGACCGGCCGCCGCCCGCGCCCCCCGCUCCGCUGGUCCUGGCCGGGGGGGGCAGCCCGGCAGUCUCUCCCUCCUCCUCCUCCCACUCCCGGGGCACUGGCGGCUCGGCCUCGCCGCUGCCCGGGACGGGAGGGAGCCCCGAGAGCCUCCCGGAGCGUCCCCUCCCCUCCCUUGGUGGUGCCCGGGCCUGGAGCCGAGCUGCCGGCCCCGGGCCCCUCCGUGCGGAGCAUGGAGUCGGAGCUAAGUUAUGGAAAGCGGCCCGAGCUCAGGAGGUCCCGGGGGAUUGGGCCGAUUCUGGCCGGUGCCUCAGUAGCCCCAGCCCCGGGUUUCCCUUCAGAACCCCCCGAGGGCGCACGCUGGCGGCGCCGGGUUUGUGUCAGGCUAGGAGAGGCACUAUAAAAUUUACUGGUAAAAGUGAAGAUUGGAUGGAGAGUCUGAACUGCUUCUGGGUGUUCCUCUAAAAUUUUUGUUGUUUUUCCACCUACUUCUUCUGAUGGAAGACCAGGCAGGGUUCCCAUUCUGCUGAAUCGUUGCUUAGAGAGGUGGUGAAUGAGUGAAGAUACUUUUGGUGAUGGUUCGAAUGUGGGAAUUGCCCUGGAUGUGGUUGCUGCUGCUGCCGCCCUGGGAAAAUGCCUUGAUAGGGAAUUAACACCAGUCAGGGAUGGGCUGUGGGACAAGCAAAGUGCUUCCCGAGCCCCCCAAAGAGGUGCAGCUGGACCUGGUUAAAAAAGUUGAACCGUACACAGGCCACAAUGACAUCUACAAGCAUUUCAUCAAAGAUGACUGUGGGGCUGUCAUCAAAGCCGGCUCUCCCUCACCUCCGCGUCAUGCUAACCCCUAUCCUGGGCACCACCUGCCUGCCCACAUGGACCAGCCUGAACCCCGCAAGAACAAGGUGGCUAAAUACCGCGCCAAAUUUGACCCCAGAGUGACAGCCAAGUAUGACAUUAAAGCCCUGAUCGGGAGAGGGAGCUUUAGCCGUGUUGUACGGGUGGAACACAAGGCUACCAAGCAGCCCUAUGCAAUCAAGAUGAUAGAGACCAAAUACCGGGAGGGGAGGGAGGUGUGUGAGUCGGAGCUUAGUGUGCUUCGGCGAGUUCGGCACACCAACAUCAUCCAGCUUAUUGAGGUGUUUGAGACCCAGGACCGCGUGUACAUGGUGAUGGAACUGGCAACUGGAGGAGAACUGUUUGAUCGAAUCAUCGCUAAAGGGUCCUUCACUGAGAGAGAUGCUACACGUGUGCUGCAGAUGGUGUUGGAUGGUGUGAGGUAUUUGCACACGCUGGGUAUCACUCACCGAGACUUAAAACCAGAGAAUCUGCUGUACUACCACCCGGGGACAGAUUCCAAAAUCAUGAUUACAGACUUUGGGCUGGCAAGUGCUCGCAAGAAGGGGGAUGACUGCCUGAUGAAAACCACGUGUGGGACUCCAGAGUACAUUGCUCCCGAGAUCCUGGUCCGGAAGCCAUACACGAACUCUGUGGACAUGUGGGCACUGGGUGUUAUCUCAUACAUUCUUCUGAGUGGCACAAUGCCCUUUGAAGAUGACAACCGCACCCGCUUAUAUCGGCAGAUCCUGAAAGGAAAAUACAGUUACUCAGGAGAGCCCUGGCCCAGUGUGUCCAACCUGGCCAAGGAUUUCAUUGAUCGUCUGCUCACGGUGGACCCCAGCGACAGGAUGACAGCCCUUCAGGCCCUGAAGCACCCGUGGGUGGUCAGCAUGGCAGCCUCUUCCUCCAUGAAGAAUUUGCAUCGUUCCAUCUCGCAAAACCUUCUCAAGAGGGCAUCUUCCCGCUGCCAGAGCACCAAAUCUGCACAGUCCACCCGCUCCAGCCGCUCCACCAAAUCCAACAAGUCACGGCGGGUUCGGGAACGGGAGCUGCGUGAGCUCAACCUGCGCUACCAGCAGCAGUACACUGGCUGAACACUGGGCUGGGACAGGCCAGGCAUCUUUCCAGAUGUCUUCUCUGUGGUGGAGGCGUGCAGCACCCUUUGCCGCCCACUCACUCAGUGAAGAGCAUCCAGGUUCCUCCCUCCCUCCAGGUGUCCCCCCCAUCCAUGAGGAGGUGUCCUCCCAUGCGGAGGAAUGGGAACCUUGUGGUGGCCAUCCCGCCCUGCGAGCUGUGCCACGGAGUCUCACACAGGAAAUGGGGAAGCCCUUGUAGGCUCAGAGCAAGCUUAGAGCCUCAAAUGAUUCACAAAUUAAGGAGCCAUGUGGGGAGAAGAGCUCUUUCUGUAGCCCAGGAGCUUGGUUGUUCAUAGUUAUUUAUUAAUUCCAGAGCGUUAAGUUUCUUUCACACAUGAAAAAAAAGAAAUCACUUUGUGUGUACGUGCACGUCUGUGUGCACACACGUGUGGGGGUAUAUAUGUAUUUAAAAAUUAUAUAUACACAAAUUUGGAGCUGGUUUAAUCAGGCUCUAUGGUGCCUUCACGGUGAAGCUGGUAUGAGUCACAUGCAGUUAGAAGUAGGAUAGCUGUGACUCACCAGUGUGCUGCCCACCAGCUCUUCAUUGAAGAGACACCAGACAACAGUUUUCCAUGACGGAUGGGAAGCUGCGAGGUUUUCCCCAAGGGCUGCUGUCCACCUGGUGACGUCAAGGCUUUACUCAAGCUGUGCGAGAGCUGCCAUGCAAAUUGCCAGCCAGGCUGAAGUGCUGCAAGCUCAGAGCUGGAGUCCGGUUCCUUUGGUCAAAACCAAGUGGGUACUGCAGCUGGAGGGGUGGGAAGAGAAACUUCAUGGGACGCAGAGAGGCAUCUUUGGCAAGGUGGUGUUUUGGGGUGUUCCUUGCUAUUUCCCUUGAAUUAUCCCUCUGCUAUUUGCAGUGGGACCAGUGCCUACAUUGUGAGGUUUUUUUUUUCUUGCUGAGAUGCGUCCCUGUCACAUCUGUGACUUGUUACAUGUCUUGCACACUUGAGACUAGCAUUACUGACGGUGUCAUUUCACCGAAAAUUCAAUGGUUCCACAUGUUGCUCCUUGUCUGUAGAUUUUAUGGUACUCCCCUACUUUGCUUAGCUCUUCUGCCCCAGUCUUGCUGUCCCUGUGCUGGGACAGUGAAGUGAUGGUGGGAGCUGUUGAGAUGGCCACAAAUGGUUCUGUACCAUCAGGGCAGGAGCCUGAGUAGUGGAAUUACAAUCCUGGAGUGUCAGCGGUGAAAAUGCCCUGGAGACAUUGCAGAAGAAUCUUAUAUAACAGUUGAAUGUGACUUAAAUUCAACAGGAAAAGGUUGCCUUUCAGUUUUGCUUGUGCUGGAUGGGCAAUGCGAGGGCCUCUUGAGGGAGAUGGGUGCUGUAGAGCUGAGCUUUGUGCAAGCCUACUGAGAUAUCUGCCCAACUAGUCAGAGCAGCAGAGUGGGGCUGUUGGCACAGUCUCAGGGUGCAUUUGGCUUCUUGAGCUAGAAGAGACAAGCUCUACAGUGAAGGAGAAUGCUGGAUUUCAAAGCUUUUCAUACAAAGGCAAACGAUUUGCCUCAUGCUUUAUGUUUGGGAAGUGCUUUCUGAGCUCUUGGUGGAGGUGCAAGCUGAAGGGGCUGGCAAGCAUGACCUUUCCACCCAGGAUUGAUGUCCAUGCCACUGUGUCUUAGCAUCAGCAAGGUCUUAAGUGGCUGUCGCGUCUCCAGGGAGCUCUAACUGUACUGGCCACAGCCCCUCGUGGUCAGCAAACAGCAAAGCAAAGCAGCUUCAGUGGGAGAAGACCAAGUUUUGUGUGCUAAAGGGAAAAAAAGGGAAUUUCUGGGAAUGUACUUCCUGCCCCAAAGCUGGGCUAGGCCAUAACCACUGUGAGAAUAGCCUGGUGUGCCCAAUGUGCAGCCGGGAAUGCAGCAGAGGAAACCUGAGGACAGCCAGUAUGCGUACCAGAGCUGAAUCCGAAAUCCUUUGCGUGAUUUUGCAAACUCUGCAUCCUUUGCAGGCUGCCCUUUCUCUGCGUGGCCAUCCUACUGGAAUUACCAAAAAUUGAUGUUUUCAGCUCUGUGCACUGAAAAAAAAAAGUUUUUCCAUCUUCUUUUACCUUCUAACAUCAUUUUCUCUGGUUUGUUACCAUGAACUAUAGACUUUUUUUGACGAAACAGGCAGCUUGUCACAUUUGGCUUCAUAAAUAUUUCAGUGUCCCCUGCAAGCAGCUCUUCAAAACUAGCAACCACCCCAAGAUAAGUCUCAGCUGGAAAGUUGUUCCUCUCCUGUAGGUUGAGAGAUGGCAAGGUGCUCUCUCAUAGGGCUUCUGGUUUUGAGCCUUUACUUCUAAAAGUCUUUUGCACGUUUGAAGUAUCACACCCAGGCACUGUGAUCUCUUUUUCUCUCCUGGGUGCUUUCAUGGCCCACUCCAGAUUAUCUUAUAUGUUUAUCCUUAAAAUAGGUAUUUUGCCUAUGCAAGGUCAGACUGAUGAACUGAGCCAAGACCCCUGGAACUGAGACCCCUUCCUUGAACCACUAGACCAUCAAAAUGCGCAGGCGUUGUGCAGAUGUCUGCCCACUCUGAUCCUUCAUGCUUUCCCUCCUAGAGGAUACAUUAAGGUGGAGAGGAGGUCGGGGCACUGAACUCUGGUCUGACCAGGCUUGUUUCUUCACAAAGUGGAACAAGAAUCUUCUCAUCUGUGACAACUUUUGCUUUGUUGCUCUUUUUAGCAAUUGAUUUUUCUUCAGGAAAAGUUCAAAGCAAUGUUAUUCAUGGUGGGUUUGGGGUGGAAUAUAUUUUGGGAAGUGAGAUGUUGCUAUAAAGGUUCCUGACGGUGUCAGUUUUCUGUGAUGAUGUUCUGUGACUGGGAAU